CAGAAGUUUGCUUUGGCCACGCCUCAAGGCUGCCGCCUCCUCCUGCCCCCUCCCCCGCCCCUCUGCGCUCACCUCUUGGUGCAGAUUGCAAAGCGCCUUCCGCUGAGAGAGCUGCAGAUUUUGCAAGAGCCAGGCUCGCCCACCUUGUGGAAGGAGCGCCUGGAGUCCCCUUCAGCCCUCUGUUGCAAAGAGCUGGCCGUCGGAUUUGAUCCUCCCCUCACCCAGACUGCAUGGUCUCUCGGGACCCUCUAGAGUUGCACGUUUCUGCAGCGAGGACUGCAAAUCCCCGUCGCUCCUAGGAUUUGCACUGUUCUGGAUACUGGAAUCUUGCAAGCUACGCUCGCCCGCCCCUGGGCAAGACACUCGCCCGAACCACAGGACCGUACCGCUGACGGCAGGCCAGCUCUUCGCCUCUCCAUGAGCCCGUAAGCCUGCGGGCAGGUGCCCGGCGAUGGCGCGGCCCGUGAGCGACAGGACCCCGGCCCCCCUGCUGCUGGGCGGCCCGGCCGGGGCCCCCCCGGGCGGGGGAGCGCUGCUUGGGCUGCGAAACCUUCUGCAAGGGACCAGCAAGCCCAAAGAACCAGCCAGCUGUCUCCUGAAGGAAAAGGAGCGCAAGGCGGCUGCCCAGCAGGGGGGACUGGAUCCUCGGAGGUUGAGAAGUUCGAGCCGAGAGACCCGAAGGAGCGAGAGGAAAGGGGUGCUCCCUCUGGCAUCUUGGGGUCUCCAGGGUCUGGCAGCUGGUCGGUCGGGGAAUCCCGGACACACCUGCCACGGGUCCAACCUCCGGGCAGAGCCAGGGCCCUCCCCCUGCCAGCCGCACACUCCCGCGCCACGCCUGACCUCUCGGGACACACCCAGCCCUGUGGACCCAGAUACCGUGGAGGUGCUGAUGACCUUUGAACCUGACCCUGCUGACUUAGCCCUGUCAAGCAUUCCGGGCCAUGAGACCUUUGACCCUCGGAGACAUCGGUUCUCAGAGGAGGAACUUAAGCCCCAGCCCAUCAUGAAGAAGGCGAGGAAGAUCCAGGUGCCAGAGGAGCAGAAGGACGAGAAGUACUGGAGUCGGCGGUACAAGAAUAACGAGGCAGCCAAGCGGUCCCGCGACGCCCGGCGGCUUAAGGAGAACCAGAUAUCGGUGCGGGCGGCCUUCCUGGAGAAGGAGAACGCCCUGCUGAGGCAGGAGGUGGUGGCCGUGCGCCAGGAGCUGUCCCACUACCGCGCCGUGCUGUCCCGCUACCAGGCACGGACAUCACCACUGGUCCCCGGGAGGCGGGCACAGUCCUGA